GAACGUCUCGUAAAGGGCUGUGCAGCUAGAGCCGGUCGAGUCGCUUGCACCGACGUGCGGUCGACAGCGCGCGGCCGUCCAUCGGGUUCUCCUGCGCCGCUGCGCCGGCUGCCCCACGAAGCGCGCGACGUCGUUUUGCUGCCCACAGAGCCACCAUGCCCUCGACAGCGCGCCUAGGCAGAGGCGAAAGCACAAUGAAGCGCCGCGACGAGAAUCGAGUGGGAGAGACCGUCACGGAGCUGUUCGGUAACGAAGACCUCGACGCUCAAACUGCUUUAAAGUUGGAAGCCCUGGCGGCGCUCCACGAGCGCAAGGUCGGAGCCCUCAUGAAGAGCAUCAGCGCCCAGAAAGAAGAGCUCGCGAAGCUCAAGGCGGCGUCCAGGGAGCAUAGACGGUCCCAACUCAUCCAGGAUUUGAGGAAUCAAGUGCGCGAGCAGGAGUUGGCCGUUGAUGUGCUCAAAGAAGCCCUAGUCGAAGGGCCGCGCGGCCAACUGACCCAGGAGGCGGUCAACGAGCUUGUUAUAUUACGAACGCUGGGCGGGCCGAAGCGCUUCCGACCUAAAACCAGAGAAGAGUUGCAGAACGAGUUGCUGCACAAGCCGGCGGUUGUCAAGCGGACGAUUCGGAGGAGGGAAGCGAAGCCGACGCGCGCCUGGGAGCCCCAGCCUACGCGGACGCCCAUCGCCGAGGAGAAGGAGUGCAAGGGUUCUGAAACUCCAAGAGUGUUGCGGGAUACUGGGGACCAACCAGAGGGGUUGCCCUCCGCGGCUCACCUCCGAGAAUUAGCCGAGGCGUCCGCGAAAGCAGAACAAGCGGAAGUUGCAGUGGCGAGAGCCGAUCUACGCGUCGCGGAGUUACAGAGAGAGCUGGAUGCGUUGCGGGCCGAGAAAUUUGCGGCGGAACGAAAAGUCGACGACCUCCAGGACGACGCGUCCCGCGCCGAGGACCUGCGACGAAGGUUGGAGGAGACGCGGCGGCAGGUCAGCGAGGCGGAACGGGACUGCGCGCGCGCUGCUGGCGAGCGGGACGCCUUGCAGCUCGAAUUGGAGCAUGCUCGCGCUAGCAACGACGCGGAUAUCCACGCCCUCAAAGCGGACCUCGACGCGGCCAAGGAGGAGCUCGCCGCUGCUUUAUCGCAGGAGGCCGAGUUGCAGGCCCAGUGUCGGCUCGAAAGAGAGCGGGCCUCCGGUGCUACUUCUUCGGUCAAGUCGGAGGCCUCGGCCCUUCGUAAGGAACUAGCGACGGCGGAACGGCAACUCAAGGAAUCGGAGCGAUCCAAUGAUAAAUUAAGAAGGCAACUCGAGAAGGCGGAAUCUGACUGCAAGUCGGAACGGGAAGCCCUGCAGCGGGACAUGAAACGGGCCCGAAAUGCUGAGAGGGAGGCUGCUAGGAAGGAAGUGCGGGAGCUCGAGGUGAGAGCGUCGCAAGAAAAACGGGAGCUUGAGGUGAGAGCGUCGCAGGAGCAGGAUAAAGCUAGGAAAGUUUCGGAUAACGACGCGGUGUCUGCGGCCAAGGCCGAGCUGCUCCAGCAGCACGUCGACGCCUUACGGGAUGAAUUACGACGUAAGGAUGAUGAUAUGGCGGAUCAGAGAGCCACGUCAGACGCCGAGCGCCAGGCCCUCCAAGAAAAGUGCAACGCGCUCGAGGUCGAGCUCGAAAAAUGUCGAGGCCAGGCUUCUUUAGACGUGCAGGCCGCCGAACGACGGGCGGACUCGCUGGCGAAGGAGGCGCGGGCGCUGCAGGCUCGGGCGGACCGGCUCGAGGAGCUCGGCGGUAACAGGAGGAGGAAGCCGGCGGCGUCGUCGUCCUCCUCGUCGUCGAAGACGCCGCGGUCCGACGACGACGACGACGAGGAGCUCUACCAUACGCGCGCGGCGCUCGCCGCCCAUAUGCGACUGGCGGACGCGUAUGCCAACCAGCAUGCUUUGCAACAGGUUCCUGAUGACAGAGCCGAGCAAUUGAAUGAAAGGGUCCUGGCUCGAGCUCGGAGGGACCUGGAGAAGGCCUUAGCUGGGUCUAGGCCUCUGGGCGCGUUCUACUCGAGGAUGUUGGAAAGAAUUGAAUCGAAAUCCUCAACAGUACCUCUAUCGCGGAACAAGGGCGGCCCACCGCCACGACCUAAACCGCAGUCCCAGAAGCGCGAGCAGCGCAUCCACCACGGCCGGGGCACGCACGCGGCCAUGGUCGACGGCACGCCGCCUCCCGAUUUGGCGCGGCUCGAGAUUAGAGGAGGCCACCGGUCGUCGUCCUCCGAAUCAGGAUCAUUGGAUGACCGCUUCGACGUCGACGACGACCACCUCGACUACUCGCAGUCGUCGGUCAGCGCGAAGUCUAGUCGUACGUACGACCCGGACGCGCGUUAGAGGUCUCCUGCGUAAUCAUUGAGGGAUAGUA